UCAGUAAUGCCAAGGGAAGGCGGGAGGCAACCAAAUAAAUACGUGGAGCAGCCUACAAAGCGUGGCUGAGGCCGGAUCUAGUUUUGAAAAUUAUUGCCUUUUUAUGUAAUCACGAAAAAAAAACUUGGAGCAAGAACUCAAACUGGAAUUGCCAUUUAUUGGGCAGGUGUUUCCAACACAUUGUGUUUUAGCACCUAAAACAGUGGGAGUAUGUUCAGAGCGAAAGCCAUCUCCUUGGCACAGUCUGCUCAGCUGCCUGCUGUCUGGGUGAAACUGGCUGACAGACCUGGCUGUAAGUGGCCAAAAAAUUGCAUUCCUUACAUUCAGAAGAGCUUCAGAACUGGCCAAAAGAGCUUUGGAGGAGCAGCACCAAGUGCUUGUCAGGACAAGAUUAUGGGAGAAAAAGAACUGCCUGGUGCUUUGGUUUUUGACAUAGGAGGUGCAUUUGGUAUACCAGAAAGCCAUGUGGAAUUCCUUAAGAAACACUUUGAUCUCAUCACUAUGAACGAGUUUCAUAAAAAGAAAGAACAGCUUUGUGAAAAGAUCAAGUCUAUUUUUGUAUUUGAGUGCAGACCAGUCAUUGACCGGGAGCUUCUUGAAAGCCUGCCCAGGCUAAAGGUAGUUGGAAACUCAGGGGUAGGAGUGGAUCACUUGGAUUUAAAGCUGAUUUCUAGCUAUGGAGUAAAAGUAACCAAUACUCCAAAUGCUGUUUCUGAUUCCACAGCAGACAUUGGCAUGGCCUUAAUGCUGGCAUCUGCAAGACGACUAGUGGAAGGUUGUUCCAUUGCAACAUCUCCAGAUACAACACAUUUUGCUGUUAACUGGCUAGGAGUGGAAGUCACUGGGGCCACCCUUGGUAUCAUUGGGAUGGGCAGCAUUGGCUAUAAAGUGGCCAAGAGAGCAAAAGCUUUUAACAUGAAUAUUCUCUAUCACAACAGGAACCGCAGAAAAGAGGAAGAAGAACAAGCAGUUGGUGCAAUUUAUUGUAAAGACAUGCAAGACUUACUCCAGCAGUCUGAUUUUGUGAUGCUAGUUGUGAAUUUGGCGCCUGAGACUCACAAGCUCAUUGGGAAAAGGGAGCUUGAGCUGAUGAAACCCACUGCUACUCUUAUCAACAUCAGCAGAGGUGCAGUAGUUGAUCAAGAUGCCUUGGCAGAAGCACUCCAAAGGAGUGUUAUUCGGGCUGCAGCAUUAGAUGUGACAAACCCAGAACCAUUGCCAAGAGACCACAUGCUACUGCAACUGAAAAAUAUUAUAACACCUCACAUUGGAACUGCUACUGUGCAGGCCCUGCAAAUGAUGACGGAAGAAGCAGCAGAAAACAUACUGGCUGUUCUCAAUAACCUCCCAGUUCCUAGUGAAGUGAUCCCCAAAUGAUUUGAUGGAACACAUGAGUAACCAAUGGCCAAUCAACAGAAGGACAUUAACAGUAACCAAGAAAUAUGACAGUACCAAAACGACCUGUUCUCAUCAGUUUUCAUUUAUUGGUUCCUAUGGUGUUUCUGUUUUCUGUAAUUAUAUUCUCAAAGAGCUA